AUGCCCUCCGCUGCACCGAUUGCCUCGACUCUUUUCUCACGCCUUCUCCGUCCAUUCUCUACCGCUGCAUCGGCCGAGUCUCAAUCGCGCAACAUGUCCACUCAAACCGCAACCGUAGCAGCUGGCUGCUUCUGGGGCGUCGAGCACCUCUUCCGCAAGAACUUUGGCAAUGGAAAGGGACUUCUGGACGCUAAGGUCGGCUACUCCGGUGGUCAGACUAAUUCGCCCUCCUACCGCGCUGUGUGCAGUGGCUCUACUGGACACGCCGAAGCUCUUCAGAUGACCUUUGAUCCUUCCCUCGUCACCUAUCGCCAGCUCCUUGAGUUUUUCUAUCGCAUGCACGAUGCUUCAACCCUGAACCAACAGGGCCCCGAUGUCGGCACCCAGUACCGCAGUGUCAUCUUCACCCACGGCGAGGAGCAGCAACAGAUCGCAGAGAGCAUUACCGAUAAGGUUAGCAAGGAGUGGUAUAAAAAGCCUGUCUCGACCGAUGUCGUACCCGCUGGUCAGUGGUGGGAUGCCGAGGAGUACCACCAGCUGUAUCUGAAGAAUAACCCCGCCGGAUAUGAAUGCCCUGCUCACUUUAUUCGGGACUUUCCGCCUCUUUCCGAUUGA